UCACUGCCUAGUGGGAGCCUACCCACUCUGACUUGGGGUAUAGGCUGGGGAAGGGGGGUUCUCCCACUUGCCUGCUCCCCAGAGGUGGGGGGCUGGGCCCUGGACUGCCUGGUGCUGGUGAGCAACGUCUGAAGCAACAUGUGGCACAGGCAGAGCACGUGGCCUUGGGUGGGGACGGGGACUGGGUACUCGGUGCUUGGAGACUGGAUCAUGUCUGCACCUGCCCCAGUCACUUGGCAGAUUGGCAAGGCAGGCUGGCAGAGCCUGUGUGCGUGGGAGGCAGCUGGCAGCAGCGCCAUGUUCUGACGACCUCACAGCCAGACUCCCCCUUGUUUAGCGCUGACUGUUAGAACCACCCCCAGAACCUCAGUUAAGCAAAGAGGUUAGUUUCCAUGGAGACACAGCAUCCUUUCUCCACGGCAACCUGAAAUCCCAAAACGCAAGUUAAGCUCAGGAAUGCGUCAUCGGUGACCUGUAGGGGGCGCUCUCCCACAAGGCUGACUUCAAGACCGUGGACAGAUGAGCAGUUGACCACAGACGUAAAGGUGCCCCAAAGGCGAGGCCUGUGGGGACCUAGAUAGGCCCUGCUUAACCCCUUCCUGCCCACCUGUAUGAUUCGAGGAGGCUGGCAAGGCUUUAGGACGCACUGUGUGGAGGUGGUAGCCCCACAGCUGGGGCCCUCGGAGGGCCACUUGCGUGGAGACGAUCCCUGCCCCCAGAGGCUGGGCCCAGAACAGAGGAAGCAGGCACUGCCCGGGCUGAGUGGACACACAAGAGUUAACUGGCGGCUGUGACAGGGCGAACCGCCCUCAGGAAGUGUUACUCACCACUGGGAAUGUGAGUGCUCUUGCCUUGGGGGCUGGAUUCUCUUCCUGAGUCCCUGGAGAUACCGAAGGAGCUCCCAGCCAUGGAAGCCCCUGGAGAGUCUGGAGCAGGCCUUCUCGGAGCCCCCAGCGCAACCAGCUUCGCACCUGGGCACCUGGAGAGAGAAAAGCCAGCCCAGGACCCGCUGUACGAUGUGCCUGAUGCCGGCGGGGCACGAGCAGGUGGGCCCCAGCAGCCCGGGCGCACCGUGAGCCUGCGGGAGCGCCUGCUGCUUACCCGGCCCGUGUGGCUGCAGCUGCGGGCCAACGCCGCGGCCGCGCUGCACGUGCUGAGGACCGAGCCCCCCGGGACAUUCCUGGUACGGAAAUCUAACACUCGCCAGUGCCAAGCCUUGUGCAUGCGGCUGCCCGAGGCCAGCGGCCCCUCCUUCGUCUCCAGCCACUACAUCCAGGAGAGCCCUGGGGGCGUCUCCUUGGAGGGCUCAGAGCUUGUGUUCCUGGACCUGGUCCAGCUCAUCUGUGCCUACUGCCACACCCGGGACAUUCUUCUCCUCCCGCUUCAGCUCCCCAGAGCCAUCUGCCAGGCAGCCACCCGCAAGGAGCUGGAAGCCAUCUCCCAUCUGGGCAUUGAGUUCUGGAGCUCCUCCCUCAACACCAAGGCUCAGCCAGGCCCAUCUGAAGGCCCACUGCUGCCCAGGCUGAAGCCCCGGUCCCCACAAGAGCUGGACCAGGGCACUGGAGCUGCCUUGUGUUUCUUCAACCCCUUGUUCCCAGGGGACCUGGGUCCCACCAAGCGGGAGAAAUUCAAGAGGAGCUUUAAAGUGCGUGUGUCCACAGAGACCUCCAGCCCCCUGUCUCCACCAGCUGUGCCGCCUCCCCCAGUCCCAGUGCUGCCAGGGACAGCCCCCAACCAGACAGAAAGGUUGCCCUCUCGCCAGCUGCUGCGGAGGGAGAGCUCAGUGGGGUACCGUGUGCCAGGGGGCACCGGCCCCAGCCUCCCGCCACUGCCUUCCCUCCAGGAGGUGGAUUGCGGCUCCCCCAGCAGCUCAGAGGAGGAGGGGGUGCCAGGGUCCCAGGGGAGCCCAGCAACCUCACCCCGCCUGGGCCGCCGGCGGCCGCUGCUUCGGUCCAUGAGCGCUGCCUUCUGCUCCCUGCUGGCGCCCGAGCGGCAGGUGGGCCGGGCAGCCGCAGCGCUGAUGCAGGACCGACACACAGCCGUGGGCCAGCUGGUGCAGGACCUACUGACCCAGGUGCGGGCCGGCCCUGAGACCCAGGAGCUGCAGGGUAUCCGCGAGGUGCUGAGCCGGGCCCGAGCCAUGCUGAGCGCGGAGCUGGGCCCGGAGAAGCUGCUGUCACCAGAAAGGCUGGAAUGCGUCCUGGAGAAGUCGCUGCAUCGCUCCGUGCUCAAGCCUCUCCGGCCCAUCCUGGUGGCCCGCCUGCGGCGCCGUCUUUCCGCCAACGGCUCCCUGGGCCGCCUGGCUGAAGGCCUCUGCCUGGCCCGGGCCCAGGGCCCCAGAGCCUUCGGGUCCCACUUAAGCCUGCCCUCCCCAGUAGAGAUGGAACAGGUGCGCCAGAAGCUACUGCAGCUACUUCGUGCCUACUCACCCAGCGCCCAGGUCAAGCGGCUCCUGCAGGCCUGCAAGCUGCUCUACACAGCCUUGAGGACCCAGGCAGGGGAGGGUGCAGGGGCCGAUGAAUUCCUCCCACUGCUGAGCCUCGUCCUGGCCCAGUGCGACCUUCCUGAGCUGCUGCUGGAGGCCGAGUACAUGUCAGAGCUGCUGGAGCCUGCCUUGCUCACUGGAGAGGGCGGCUACUACCUGACCAGCCUCUCGGCCAGCCUGGUCCUGCUGAGUGGCCUGAACGAGGCCCACACCCUCCCGCUGAGCCCCUCGCAGGAGCUGCAGUCCUCCCUCAGCCUCUGGGAGCAGCGCCGCCUGCCCGCCACCCACAGCUUCCAGCACCUCCUCCGCGUAGCCUAUCAGGACCCCAGCAGUGGCUGUACCUCCAAGACUCUAGCCGUGCCCCCAGGGGCCUCGAUUGCCAUGCUGAAUAAGCUCUGUGCCACCAAGUUCCGGGUGACCCAGCCUGACACUUUCAGCCUCUUCCUAUACAAGGAGGAGGACUACCACCGCCUGCCCCCCGGAGCCCUGGCCCACCAGCUCCCCACCACCGGCUACCUCAUCUAUCGCCGGACAGAGUGGCGCGAGACCCAGGGCACCUCCCCGGGGGCUGCCACAGAGGAGGGCAGUGGGAGGCCAGAGGCAGAGGGCAGGGAGCAGGAGAAAGGAGGCCGGGGAGAUGGGGACACCAAGGUCAAAGCCAGUCCCAGGGACAGCAGGGGAGAGUCUGAGACGAUGGCCGAGGGGGGCAAGGACCAGGCCAGGGGAGGCCCUGCUCAGCCAAGGGGGCCAGAGGCUGAGGGAAGCCAGGCAGCAGAGGAGUAGCUGGGAGUGGGCAGAAGGGCCAUUUGGGGCAGAAAACUCUGAGCCUGCUGGGAAGGCCUUUCAGAGCCAUCCACCCCACUGGCCAAGGCACAGCCCCCUAGUCUUCCCCACCCCGGGCCGCUCCGUGUCUGCCACCUCCUCUGACUGUCUAGCCCUCUGAUCACACCUGCCUGGAGGUGCCUGGACUGGCCACAUCUGGGCACUGGAGUAAAGCCCAGGGGGUUUUGGGGAGGCCCCAGACGAAGGGCCCAAGGCCCCUUGGCCUCUCAUCCUUCUCCCCCAGCUGGAGGCCAGCCGUCCCGCAGUGGUGAGUGUGCCCAACAGGGGACAAAUCCAACAGGGGCCCGACCUCUGGCAGUGGAGGGUGGGGCAUCAAGGCCCUGAAAGGCCCCACCCACUCCUGGGUGUCAGGAGGAUUUGGGGAGGCAGCAAGAUGUCGGGGCCCAGUGCUGCCCAGACCACCUGGAGGCCAAGCACCUCCAAACCUCAGUGUCCUCAUCUGUGAAAUCGGGGUGCUACUGCUGCCCUACCUUCUCCCAGAAGUCUUCCAUGGGUCAGAAUGGAUGGUUUUGUGGCAAAGCAGAGCUCAGACUAGGGGAAAGGGGAGGGAAGGAGGUUGGAUGCUAGCAACACACAUACACACACCUCUCCAAGGGUCUGUUCUUCACUCUCACAGAAGGGAGAGGCUCUCCAGGCAGCCCUGGGGACUGGCUCGGGUCCAGCUGAGACAACACCCACGUUCUGGUCUUUCCCCAAGAUGGGAAGUCCUCCCAGGCACUGUGAUGUCCCAAGGGAGUGGGACAGAGGAGACAGGCUUCUGAAGUGAGGUGAGGAUUCGGAAAUCAUCUUCUCUGCGUUUGACUCUCUUGGACCUCACAAGAGCUUUACGGGACACAGGGCCUGGCUUUUUACCCACUGAGGCUUGGGAAAGUGACUCCUAGGACACCACACAGGAGGCCAUUGGGACCCCCACACCCAAACCAGGGGUCAGGUUCCAGCUGCUCCUUGUGUUCUAAACCACCAGUAAAUUAACCCUGAAGGUCCGGUAGACCCCAAAGGGAGGCCCAGAUCAGGCAACAAAUGAGCAAAGAAAAUACCAGCAACAACCACAAGGGGGUGCACAUGGCUCAGGAAGCUGCCGAGAGGGUGACCUGAUGGACGAACGCAGCUCCAGGGCAGCGGCAGUGUAGGUGGUCACGGGGUUUGCAGUCUGGCAGCUGCCAGGCAACUUGGGGACAGUGCCAGGGCCAAGACCUCUGGCCCUCAGCUGUCUUGGGAGUCAGGGGUCUGAAUGAGGCCAGCCUCAGGGGACCACUCCCUGGGAAGGAACUAGCCCCUGGUGGAAGGAGGACCCUAGCCAGUCUCUGAGGUGCUCCCUCAGACACUGAGCACAAAGGGACAUCGGCUCAUAUAUCAGACAUGACAGCUGGAAGGUAGAAAUCCUGGACAUUGGGAUUUCAGACCCUCCAGAUACAGCCCAGGUUGCAGGGCUCCCAAAUUUCUCACUAGGCCAUCAGCAGCUCUAACUUCCCCCACUUCUACCCGCCCCCCACAAGCUUCUCGUUGGUGGGGAUUCUCCCUUCACUCUUUUGUAUGUCCCCCCCAGUCCCGCACCCACCCGAGUGCCCUGUACAGUGCUGGGCACUCCACAGGCGCUCAAUAAAUG